UUCGUUUCAGUUUCAAUCGCUUGAAGAAGAUCGAAACGAUCGAUCGCCAUGGGGAACAGUUUGAGGUGUUGUUUGGCCUGUGUUCUUCCCUGUGGAGCUCUAGAUUUGAUCAGAAUAGUGCAUUUAAAUGGCUACGUUGAAGAGAUCACACGUUCGGUGACCGCCGGCGAGGUUCUCAAGAACUAUCCUAAUCAUGUCUUGAGUAAACCAUGUUCUCAGGGAGUCGUCCGGCGAAUCUUGAUCUUAUCGAACAGUUCCGAGCUCAAAAGAGGCAGCAUUUAUUUUAUGAUACCUUCCUCCUCCGUGCCGGUAAACAAGAAAAGCCCAUCAGAAAAAGAUCCCAAAAAGAUCAAAAAAAUUACCAGGGUGGCAGCUCCGCCUCAUCCCGACGGUGCGUCCACCGGCGAGAACGGUGUUCGUUUGCAUUCUUCCGAUGUUGUGGUGGUGUCAGAGAAGAAGAAGUUAGGACACCGGAGAGCUCGCCGGACUGUUCAGGCCGGCGAUUGGCGACCACAUCUUGAGAGCAUCUUUGAAGAAUAAAUUUUUAUUAUUAUUUUUUUAUUUUUUUGGGUUUUAUUUACUCUUUUGCCCUCUGUGUUUUAA